AAAAACACUAUAGAUGUCUACUCCGAAAUGGGAAGGCUUGAUAUUGAUAACCAUGUAAGCUAAUGAAGAUCCUUGAAGAUUUGCCAACCGCCUGGCGCCACUAUUACAACAUGUUCUGAUAAAACUGACAUGAGGUCCCCGUACUCUAUUUGAAGGAAACAUUCAUGAACCAAUAUCAUAUAUUUCGUUCGAGUAGGGAAAAAUAUCUACUUGCUUCAGUUUCACGUAGCAUAUAAGCAAAUAAUCAACUAAAAUCUCUAGCCAAGCACAAGGAACAGACCCCAACGUAUCGAUACCUCACGACUCGGCGCCUGUCAUGCUUGGUUCUUUACCUUGACGAACCCAUAACCUCUUUAGCGGUUCCGAAACAUCGUUUCUCUCCCAUAUUAUUCUCACGAUUCCCAAACACUAUCAAAUAUGAAAACAGUUUCAUGGGCUCUGAGCAGCUUGGCUCUCCUUCCUCCGCUUUCCUUUGCUCUCCGAGUCACACCCAACUCCGAAUGCGCAGCCCUCUGUUCCGACGGCACAAAUUCGACUCUCAAUGAUGCUAGCACUGCCGCCACGAACUCUUCUGAUGUCGUUUGCGGAGACGAGGAAUACUCAGAGUCAGGGAAUGGCAUUAGGUUCAAGAAUUGCCUUAACUGUCUUCAAAAAAGUGAAGCGACAUGGAAAGAAGAGAGCGACGUGUUUUGGUUUUUGUACAAUGUCAGAUACGCUUUCGACGUCUGCCUGUACUCUUAUCCUAAUGCGGUAGACUCGGGUACCGUCAACUCUCCUUGCAAUAUCGAAAGCUCUUGCGGAUCUCUCGAAGAUGCUUUGACAACGUCUUUGCCCCAGAAAAGCAGCGAUGAGCAAUUCGCGUAUUGCAAAGCAGAUGAUUCAAUAAUCAAGAGCUCCAGCUACAAGGAAUGCAUUAGCUGCCUGCAAUCUACAUCGGAUCAAAAGUACCUCGCGAACUUCCUGGUAGCAUUGAAAGCUGGCUGCAUUCAGAAACCCGAGAAAGGCAACAUCAUUGGCCUUAGUGGGACGAUAUUCACUUCUUCACUUAUCAACAUAACUGACCCAAACACCAAUGAGACACUACCGGGUGAUGGUGGCGCUCCCGUCGGUUCAAUGACUACGGGCACUAUCGUGGGUAUCGCCGUAGGAUGCGGGCUGGGUGUAGCUGGCUUGGCUUGGCUCCUUUUCAUGUACUGUCGACGAAGCCGACAGCGUUACGGAGCAGGAAUCAAGAUUGAGUCACCUCCCCCAGAUGCCCCAAUGAACGUCCGCUCUACGUACGGCAUUCAGAAGUCAUCCUAUUUUCAAGAUGAUGCCCACGGACGACGUCCACCACCUAUCCAUGACCCUUCGCGAAGCCACAUGCGUACUAUGUCCAACGCACAGUACCACGACUCCGUUGAACGAGACAUGAUGGACUCUCAUCUACACGUCAGCUACCACUAUGCGCCUCACUCAAAGACUAAUGGCCCAAACGCAGCGCUUCCAACACAUCCGGCAUAUAUUCCACGAGUGGUGAGCAAGCUCCCGGAGCCUCAUAUUAUCACCCACAACCGCAAGACACACGCCCCUGAUUCAUAUGCACUCCAAACAUAUCUUAAUGCUAGAGAUGAUUUUGGCAUACAUCAUGGUUCUGCAAACAAUGUUUCAUCGAGCGAUACUAUCUCGAGCCGAAACCCAUCACCUUCUCGACAGGAAAAGCUGCAUGAGCCAGCAGCUUCUGUUGCUCCACAGCAGAAUCCUGAGACAGCCAGGCCAAGGCUCCCCUCUCUCUCAUUUCCCUCUCUGCAUAGACUCAUCAUUCCAAAAAAGCAGGUUGUUCCUCCCCCGGAAGUCAACCUGCUAUCAGCGACACCGAUUUCGGCAUUGAGCGCCGACCCUCAUCGAGAGUUAAGAAUCUCCAAACCCUUAGCUGUUCUAGAUCCUCGAUUCCAGGACAAACCCCUGGGCGGAGGCCCAGUCAUGGCGGAGGGUGCACCAGCAACAUUCAGCGAUGAAUAUUUGAAAAGGCGAGAGGCAAACAAGUCUCCUAUGUUGAGUGGCAAUAGUCGCGUCUAUGGAUGACCUGAGUUAUGCUUUUACGUAAUGAGUGAACGGAAUACGGUAACAGAGGUGUCGUGGGUUGUUUUCUCGGUUCAAGCCUGGAGUUAUUUGGCUAAUGCAUCUGGGUUCAACGCCCUCUAGAUCAACAUGAUACGAUUGCUGGGUUAAGGAGUUCAUAGCGAUAAACAUUCUUCUACUUU